GAGAUCACAGAUUAGGCAUUAUCAAGACAGGAACUGAACAUGGAGGUGUUGCCAUCUGCUGUCAUCAUCGAGAAGAUAUACAGACGAUAUAAAUAGACACAUGUGAACUGACAUCAGCACUAAUGUGGCAUUCACCACAUUUGAGUGACUUAUCGUUGAUCUUUGUUGUUGAUUUCACUAACAAUUCAAAGUACCUGCUGAUUUAAUGGCAUUUAUUUGCAUAGCUCAAGUGAUGGUUGAAAAAUGCUCUCUGAAAAAGUGUCCAAAAGCUGGGGCAGUACUGUUUUAAAAAGUACACAUUUUUACUUCAUUAAUCUACAUCAGUGUUAUUGUUUUAAUUGUGCGCCCUCUAGUGGUGCAGAUUUUACAAAUUGCAUCUUUAAAGGGUGCAUAUUAGUACCUCAAAGGUACAUAUUGCUACCAAAUACACGCACCUAAAGGAUUAUUAGGAACACCAUACUAAUACUGUGUUUGACCCCCUUUCGCCUCCAGAACUGCCUUAAUUCUACAUGGCAUUGAUACAACAAGGUGCUGUAAACAUUCUUUAGAAAUGUUGGCCCAUAUUGAUAGGAUAGCAUCUAGCAGUUGAUGGAGAUUUGUGGGAUGCACAUCCAGCGCACAAAGCUCCCGUUCCACCACAUCCCAAAGAUGCUCUAUUGGGUUGAGAUCUGGUGACUGUGGGGGCCAUUUUAGUACAGUGAACUCAUUGUCAUGUUCAAGAAACUAAUUUGAAAUGAUUCGAGCUUUGUGACAUGGUGCAUUAUCCUGCUGGAAGUAGCCAUCAGAGGAUGGGUACAUGGUGGUCAUAAAGGGAUGGACAUGGUUAGAAACAAUGCUCAGGUAGGCCGAGGCAUUUAAAUGAUAACCAAUUGGCCCUAAGGGGCCUAAAGUGUGCCAAGAAAACCAUUAAACCACAACCACCAGCCUGCACAGUGGUAAGAAGGCAUGAUAGAUCCAUGUUCUCAUUCUGUUUACAACAAAUUCUGACUCUAUCUGAAUGUCUCAACAGAAAUAGAGACUCAUCAGACCAGGCAACAUUUUUCAGUCUUCAACUGUCCAAUUUUGGUGAGCUUGUGCAAAUUGUAGUCUCUUUUUCCAAUUUGUAGUGGAGAAGAGUGGUACCUGAUGGGGUCUUCUGCUGUUGUAGCCCAAGGUCGCUUCAAGGUUUUGCGUGUUGUGGCUUCACAAAUGCUUUGCUGCAUACUUCGGUUGUAACGAGUAGUUAUUUCAGUUAAAGUUGCUCUUCUAUCAGCUUGAAUCAGUCGACCCAUUCUCCUCUGACCUCUAGCAUCAACAAGACAUUUUCGCCCACAGGACUGCCGCAUACUGGAUGUUUUUCCCUUUUCACACCAUUCUUUGUAAACCAGCCUGGCCCAUCUGGGACCAACAACCAUGCCACACUCAAAAUGCUUAAAUCAUCUUUCUUUCCCAUUCUGACAUUCAGUUUGGAGUUCAGGAGAUUGUCUUAACCAGGACCACACCCCAAAUGCAUUAAAGCAACUGCCAUGUGAUUGGUUGAUUAGAUAAUUGCAUUAAUGAGAAAUUGAACAGGUGUUCCUAAUAAUCCUGUAGGUGAGUGUAUAUGCAUAUCUGUAGCUAAAUAGUACACAUAAUUAGGACCUUUUAAAAGUGUACUGUACUGUCGCUUUGGAUAAAAUCGCUGCAUAACAUUUUGCGUUGCUUUAUUGCCCGAUUCAGUUAAUUAUUUAUGCAAAUCAAACAAGUGGGUCAUAAAGUGAGUCUGUGGGUAACAAAGGAAAUGGCACAUUUGCAGGGCCAGUACAAGCUCAGCUGAUGCAAGUAAGCAAAACAAAUUAGGAAAACAAUAAACACAAGAAUUGUAAAAGUUACAGUAGCUAAAGAAUUGUCAUAUGAAAAUGCGAAAGUGAUGUGAGAAGGGUGAAAAUGCAAUGUUUGCAAAUCCUUUUACGCUUUUAGAUCAUUUGUUUUACUAAGAGUAUUAAUCUUGUGAUCAGACUGAAUUUUAUUGUUUUCAUUAAUAUGAUCUAAUAUAUUAUAAUACAAAGAAAGCAAUACUAUAUAAUAUUAAUAUAAUCCUGGUCGUAGUAUAAUGCGAGGAAUUUUUCACAAAAUAUAUGUCAACAUCACCAAAGUAGACAUUAAAUUAUGAGUUUUGGCGACCAUAUGAUAUGGAUGCUGUUAUAAUCCUGUUAUUUAAGUAGUCGUGACUUGAAAUAGAUGGAAAAUUGACGAGCUUGUGCUGCCUCUAUAGACCAUUUCAAGUGAUGUAAACAACACUGGUCCAGAAACACUUCCUGUUUCAGUUUGUGACUGUUUUUUUAUUAUUUCACAUAUAUCAUCAUUAUCUUUAAGAUGUUUGUUUAACUUCAGUUAAUUCAGUUCUAUAUGUUUUGUUGGUUUAUUUUAUCCCAACGUUUAUCUAGUGUUAAAAAACUGAAACAGGAAGUGCUUCUGGACCAGUGUUGUUUACAUCUUUUGAAAUUGUCUAUAUGCAGAGUUCAAUGUAAACUGCAGCUUUCUUGCCCACCUAAUAAACCCCCUGAUACUGUAAGUCACAUGACUGAUAACUAUCAAUAGCUUAGAAAUGCUGUCACCACGACCCUUAUCAAGCAUUCUCAGACAGACAUGAUGAUAACUAGUCUACUGCUUGUGUUUCUCCUAACAGACUUCUCAGGAUCUGAAGAAGUUCACAUAAUCAGUAAAAUUUUUGUUCAAAAAGAACAAACUAUUAUAAUCCCUUGUUUCUAUGAAGCUAAAUAUGCUAGUUCCCCAAAGUACCUGAGUUCUGGUUAUUAUUUCAUUUUCAGUCAUUAUGUACGUGAGAGAAUAUCGAUUUUGGAUUACAAAACAGAAAACAUUUUCACAGCGAUACUAACGGAUGCUAAAGUUAGUGACAGUGGUUAUUACUGGUGUGGUGUGCAACAACCUGGAAGUGAUCAUGCCACAAGCCUCCAUUUAGAGGUCAUAGAAGGCAACACAAAGCUUUCCGUCUCUAGUCAAAAUGUAACAGGCUAUGAGGGUGAAAGUAUAACCAUCCAGUGUCAUGGAGCAUCAAAACUGUGUAAGAUCGGAAGAGAGUGCGUUGAAGAAAAUAGAGGAACCUUAAGUAAACCAAUAGUGGAUAUAAGCGGUGAUGACAAAGUCCUGGAUGUGACUUUUAGAGGACUGCAGAUGGAGGAUGCUGGUUGGUACUUCUGUUCUGAUGGGGAAUCACAAAUGCCUCUUUAUAUUCACGUGAAAAAGCCCCAAUAUUCAAAUGACUUCUCUGAUAUAACACUCUAUCAAACAACGUCUAGUGUUUCUAUACACUUUCUAUGGCUUCUCAUUUUGCUGCCAAUAAUAAUCUGUGGAGUUGUGAAAUUGCUAAACUUCAUAAAAAUAAAACCGAAAGCAGCUGAUACAGAUGUCUAUGUAUCCAUGAAAAGGAAACAAUUACCUAAAGAAAAUAGUGGUGUGGUUGAAUGUGAAAACCCCUAUGAAGUUAUGACUGGGUCUAGGAUCAAAAACAUCCCUGAGGAUAACAAAACAUAUAUGCUUCUAUGGUAAAAAAAUAAUAAAUAGAGAGAUGAUUAAGUUUUAUUUGUAC